AUGUCUGCCUCAAAUAUAGAAAAGUUCGACUUUAAGGGUAUAUUUCCUAACUGUAUGCUUGAUUAUACUAACGUAGUAACAAGAAACCCAAGACUUCAUGAAUUUAGUCUUCAAAAUGCGUGUAGUAAUAUUGAAAAUGUUUUGAACCCUAGUAGUAAUAAAGAAACCUUUAAAUCAUCAUGUAGACAGCUUAUACUUUAUUUAGACUACAUAUAUAGCAUAUUAUCCCCCUCAGAUAGAAUAAGAAAUUGUAAAUAUUUCAUCUAUAGUCUAAAAGAUGUAUUACAAUAUCAUAAUUGCACUCAAAAAAACUCUAGAAGUGGAUAUGAAUUAAUAAUUAAUAAUAUCAAAGGAACUACAUUUGAAAGUGUUUCUGAUGUAUGUAAAGGCGAUUUUGAAGAUAUACAUGAUGACAUAUAUUCCAUAUUGAAAAAAUUGAAUAACCUAUAUCAAAAAUUUUUAUGGAGCCCUAAUGGAUGCUCUCCUGAGGGUGAAUGUUAUAAGGAAUAUAUGAAACUCCUAUGCGAAUAUGGAAAGAUAGAGAACCAGAGCUUCCGUGAAUUACUAGAUAAAUUUAAAUAUGAAAAUAUGAAAUACAUGCCAGAUAUACAAGAAAGACUCAAACUCUUUGAAUCUUUGAAAAAUUUGCGCAUUAUUAUUUUAGGUUUAAUUAUUAUACCUACUACAUUAUUAAUGAUAAUAUUCUUUUUUUAUAAUGUUAAAUAUAAAAUUAACUUUAUUAAUUAUACUCCUUAUGGAUUACUUAUACAACGAGCUGUAAAGAAGAUGAGCAAUAUAUGGAACAAAAAAAAUAAGGAUUAUCUCAAUAUAAUGGAUUCAUCUGAAUUUACACACAAUAAUUUCGAUGAUAACAACUACAGAAUAGGAGGUACCACAUUAGGGUACCAAUAA